AUGUAUUCUCAGCAUAGUACCCAAAUAUCAGAUGCUGAACAAGAACAAGAAGAAAUUAAUUCGAAUUCUACUACCAAUGAUACACAAUUUUUAAUUGAUUGGGCUGCCAGAAUUGAAUUAGAGUUCAUAUCUUUUAAAUCAAUCAUUUCUUCAUCAUUAAAAGAUGUUGACUUUAAUGAAAUCCCCAAUUCUAGGAAUAAGAAACUCAUUCAAAUGGAAAAAAAAAUCGAUAGAUUGAAUAAUGCUAUAGAUAAGUUGACUCAAAAGAUAAAUAAAUUAGAGAAAUUAAAUAAUGAAAGAUAUGAAUUUGAUUCAAAUGGAUUUAAAGAAAUUAUCACUAAAAUUACUGCUAAAAUUGAAACACUUUCAGAUGAUGUUCCAGAAAGAAAAUUAUUUAGAAGCUUCCAAACUGAAGUUGAUACAUUGAAAAGAUCUCAAGAAGAAUUAUGUAAAAGUAUUAAUAUGCAAUUAUCAAGAAAUAAUGAUGGCAAUAUUACAAAAACAUUACCGAUUGAGAAACAACAUUCCGAAUUAUCUGAUGUUAAAUAUUUCUUGAAAUUAUUAUUGCCAAGAAUUAUAAACAUUGAAAAUUGUUGUCAUAGAAUGAACACAAAUGAUUUGAAUAUUAUUAACCUUCUUGAAAAGUCUCCUCAAAGUAUCAAUUCAAUUGAAAAUAAAACUAUAUUAUUGCCAGAUUCUCAAUUAAAUGAACAAGAAACUCAAGAAUUGGAAUCUCCACAACAACCAGGAAUUAAACGAAGGAGAAUUCUUAACCAUAUGCAGAACCCGCCUUUAAAUGGGCGCGAUCACUUGCCAUUCUAA